AAAAUUAAACGGUGUUUGCAUGGGAAUGUAUGUAUAUAACUGUGGUUGUACAGUUUACUAUAUGUACCAUCUUUAAAUAAUUUUAUCAAGAUGUCUGUGUAACGAAUACUUAAACGUACAUCAUAAAACUUUUGUUUAACAGAAAUAAGGAAAAUGAAUGGUAAGGCGCAGGAGGAGGUUGACAAGCUAUUGGAGAAUCCUAAAUCCAACGGGCAACCGAAGAUUUUGAUAGAGCGAUCAGUCUUCACGGAGCAACAAUUUGAUGAGAAUUAUGAGGUUGUGACUCCUCGUUCUACAACACUCAGACACGUUGUCAACAAGCAACUGUCAAGAUGUGUAUGCUCAGGGUCAUGUGUAAAGAACUUCCUGUUUGGAAUGUUUCCAUUUAUAACCAUCUUGAAGGACUACAGUUUAAAGGAAGAUCUUCCCAGCGACAUUGUGUCAGGGUUAACAGUGGGAAUAAUGCACAUUCCCCAAGGUAUGGCUUAUGGUAUGUUGACAACAUUGCCUCCAGUCUAUGGGUUAUACAUGUCCUUCUUUCCGGUGCUUGUCUAUUUUCUGUUUGGAACAAGCAAACAUAUUUCUAUGGGUACAUUCGCUGUUGCGUGCCUUAUGAUUGGUUCAGCUGUUUCCAAGGGUAUGGAUACUGUAUCAAUACCUACUUCAUCAGUUGGACUGGUUACUGUUGUAGCAAAUCAGACAGGGAAUCAGACUAAUGUAACAUCCUCUGUAGCAGACGACAGUUCCGCCAUGUCUCCUGAGGAAGUGAAUCUCAGACUUCAGUUUGCCAUGUCAACUACAUUUCUAGUUGGAGUCAUUCAGUUUUUUAUGGGUGUUUUCCGACUUGGUUUUAUCACAGUCUACCUCUCAGAUCCACUAAUAAGUGGCUUCACAACUGGAGCAGCUUGUCAUGUCUUCACAAGUCAAAUCAAACAUGUGUUUGGUGUUCAAACUGAGAGAUACAGUGGUGUGUUUAAACUUGUAUAUACAUACAGAGAUUUCUUUGCAAACAUCGCAUCAGCGAAUUAUGUAACAAUUUUACUGUCUGUUGUGUGUAUCUUAGUACUAUAUUGUACAGGCAGGUUUAUCAACCAGAAUCCGAAACUCAAAGCCAGGAUGUUUAUGCCAAUACCUAUUGAACUUAUUGUAGUUGUUUUGGGUACAGUGAUUUCCUAUGCAAUUAAUUUAGAAGAGAACCAUGGGGUGGUUGUGGUCUCAGACAUUCCAACAGGGUUUGUUUUCACCAUGGUUUCCCCUGAAUUAACUGGAAAUUGGAUAGCCUUGUUGGUUUGUCCAACAGUUUUUUUUUCCUCUUUCCUUUGUGUCUGCUGCACCGUCUUGCUUCAUUGUCCACGAAGUCUGGUACAAGAGAGAGUGGGAGGUAAAACCCAGAUAGCAGGGCUGGUUUCUUGUUGUCUGCUGCUAGUGGUAUUGCUGGCUAUAGGACCUUACUUUAGAACAUUACCCAAUAGUGUGCUAGCCUCUAUUAUCAUUGUUGCCCUACGAGGGAUGUUCCUUCAAAUCCUCGAUCUUAAAAAACUCUGGCACGUAUCACUCAUAGACUUUUUUGUAUGGAUAGUAGCAUUUGUCGCUACAGUGUUACUGGAUGUUGAUCUUGGCCUUGGUGCUGCUGUCAUCUUUAACAUUAUAACUGUUGUAGUGAGAAGUCAGAGACCGUAUGGCUGUGUAUUAGGACAGAUUCCAGGGACAGAUUUAUAUAGAGACAUGCAUUCUUAUCAUGAGGCCAAAGAGAUACCAGGGAUAAAAAUAUUCAGAUUUGAGCAUUCCUUAUUCUUUGUAAACACUGAACACUUUAAAACGCUCAUUUUUAAGAAAACUGCUAACCCUAGGAAACUGAAAAUUGCUCAGAAGAAAAGAAUGUCAAAACUUGAAAGGGAGAAGGCAGAAGCUCAUAAUGUGUCAAUUGUGAUAGAUAGACAGGAUUCUUCAGAAGCUUCUGAAGUCAACGUACUGUCAAAGUCAGGAGAUGUCAAGGCCAUGGUAGUAGCAGACGACAAACCAAAAUGUCCGCCGGGUGUAAAUUUUCACACAAUCAUUCUGGACUGUUCACCCUGGAGUUUUGUUGAUUCCAUGGGUGUGAAAGUUUUAGCUUCUGCAAUAUGUGAAUACAAGUCCGUGGGAAUAAAUGUCAUCUUGGCAAACUGUAAAAGUGGUAUAAGGGACAUGUUUGAGAAAACAAAGUUUUAUGACACAGUUGAUCAUUCUAACAUCUAUGUAUCUAUACAUGAUGCAGUUCUACAUGCCUUACAUAUAGAAUAUCCCAACGACGUAGACCAGGUUGAAGACUCGCAAACAGACAUGUAUAAAGACAACAGAAACACCAGUAUGGUUAACUUUACUAUCGCUGAAGACUCAGAUGAAGAAAAGGCAUAAGCUUCAUUUACAUGGAUGAUAUUCAUCUGGAAUGUUGCAGAAAACAUUAUGCUGGAUUACAAAAUGGAUUAAGUUAAAAAGAAAUGGAAAUGGGUUUAAGAUAUUAUACAUAUACAAGCAUGUUUAUGACCUGCUUUAUUAUCAAAGACUCUUAUAUAUCAAUAUAUCAUAUAUAAAAGCAUAUACUGUGUGAGUCCAAAUGCUUUCGAUGAGAGAUAUAAAAAAUCAAAUUAUUUCCAGAUAUAAUUUAACAAACAUAACUAAUUAUUUGAGUCGCGUCACAACAAAACCAACAUAAUGCAUUUGCGACCCACAUGGAUCCAGAUCAGCUUGUGCAUCCAUGCAGUCUGAUCAGGAUCCAUGCUGUUCGCUUACCAACUCUAUUACAAGUAGAGAAACUGAUAGCGAACAGCAUGGAUCCUGAUCAGACUGCGUGGUUGGCAGGCUGGUCUGGAUCCAUGCUGGUCGCAAACGCACUAUGUUGGUUUUGUUGUGACGCGGCUCAAAUUUUGUUAUCUUGAAAAAAAACAACAAACCUUUGCUAAUGAGGUUAGUAAUGUGGUUAUUUAAGACAGCAAUGUUAUUUUAGAUUAAUUUUAGACAUUUCUUGUUGUUAAGAUUGCAAUUGAUUUUUUUUGUAUGUUAAUGGUUAAUUCAAAGUGUCUUACUUAUUUUUGUGAAUUUUUUUCCCAAUAAAUUUGCUUUGAGACUUUUUAGCAUGUUUCAAUCUUCCAAUGUUCUUUUUUAUUUAUUUUUUUCUAAGAUUUUCUAUUGUGGUAUUAUAGGAGAAGAGUUUUUUCAAUGGUGUUUGCUAAUGGUAUUGACAUAUUUGUCUUAAUAAAUCAAAAGAUAUAUUGAAUGUAUCUAUAAUGAUAAGAGACAUUUGGUAUGUGUUUAUUUUCUACUUUCAAUGGCAACUUUUAUGGGCUUUUAAAUGAUUAAUACGAGUAUAGUAUACACACAUUACUGUUUUGUGUAAAUGAAUAUUAAGGGACCUAGAAAGAAUUUUUUUUUAUAUCAAUAAUAAUACACUCGUAUAUUUUGUUUGUGAACAAUGAUUAUAGUACUUUGUUGUUACUAAUUAUAUUGUUUUUAUACACAUGCAAAUUUGUUGAUGUUUUCUACGAUAUAAUUGUCACUGCCUGGUUUACAGUGUUUAAUUAUAAUGCCAUGUGAUACAUGGAUUUUUUACAAUUUGUUUGUUUGUUUUUCAUAGUAGAAAUUGCAUUUAGUGUUAUUCAGUGUUAUCUUGAAGGGUAUUAGGUGCUAUUCUUUCUGUUCACUUUCAGUCUCUUUUUAAAUCCUGAAUUUUUUUUUAAUUGUCACGAAAAUAGUUUCAUUUUCUGGUUUGGUUAUAUAAGAUAAACAUAUUUUGCCUAUGACUUAUUCCAUGCAUAUGUCUCUGGCAUACAUUGUCAAGAGGAUUGUCUUGUAAUUUUUAAAUUGUGUCAGCUUACAGGUAAUAUUUUCCAGAAUUAGCAGUAAAUUUUCUAGCUUUAGUUCACACACAUACACGCACACAUAGUCGAUAAACAAAACCACUGUAGCCUGUUUUAAAAGCCUAUACAAUUCAUUGUGUACCCUGUCUUGCGAUUACAAACACUGUCUUGCGAUUACAAACACAUGUUACUACCGACCACUGUACAUUUCUUGGGACCCUUUAUAUUUUAACAUCAACAACAGGCAGUAGACUUGUUUAUGUACUGUAACAUAGUUGUUUUGAUGAGUUAAUCUGUGCAUUCUUCAAACAUUCUUUGACACUUUGUAGAACAUGAACAAAACAUUUAAUGUCAACAACAGUGAGUGGUUUGGGAUAUAAUUAAAAGUAAGGAAUCGUUGAAGGUGAAGUUGACACAAUCUGUGUAAAAUUCAAUUAUUUUGACUUUUUAGCUCACCUGUCAUAAAAUGAGGGUGAGCCUUUGUGAUCGCUUUUCGUCCGCUGUCAGGCGUUUGAUGUCCGUCCGUAAACUUUUACUUUGAACAACAUCUCAUAAACUGCUAAGCCGAUUUAAUCCAAACUUCUUAGGAAUUUUCCGUUGGUGGUCACCUUUAAAAAUUGUUCAAAGAAUUUAAUUCAUGCAGAACUCUGGUUGCCAUGGCAACCAAAAACUUAAAAUAUCUUCUUUU